GAGAGCGCGCGGGGGAUGCAGGGCGCCGACCUGGGGCUCCCCGGCGCUCCGGCUCCGCUCAGGGCGCCCGCUCAGGGGGCCUUCGGCGCGAGGCCCCCUUUCUGGAUAAGAUGGCGGCGCCCAGGCGGGCCGCGCUGAGGAACUGCCAGACUGUUUUCUACAGCAGCUGCACCAUUUUGCAUUCCCAUCAGCUGUGCACCAGGUUCCGGUUUCUGCACAUUGGAGAACCCGUGAAAGGCGUUGCUGCGAUGGUUGGCUGGGCUCUCAGGAGAGCUGCCCAGGUGCGCGCCCACCUGGCGAGGAGGGCCAGCGGGGUCUGCCGAGGCCCUGAGCAUCAGGCCUUGGGCGCGAGGCCCACUGCCCCGGAGCCCGCCGCCCGGGGAGCCCCCGGGGCCCCGCGCGGCGCGGUGGAGCUGCUGGGCAGGUCGUACCCCCAGGACGACUACAGCAACCUGUCCCGCAAGGUCCUGUCCAGGGUCGGCAGGAACCUGCACAACCGGCCGCAUCACCCGCUGUGGCUGGUCAAGGAGAGGGUGAAACAGCACUUCUACUCGCGGUACGUGGGCCGCUCGGGGACGCCCCUCUUCUCGGUCUAUGACGACCUCUCCCCGGUGGUCACCACCUGGCAGAACUUCGACAGCCUGCGUGUCCCGGCCGACCACCCCAGCCGGAAGAAGGGCGACAGCUAUUACCUGAACGCGACCCACAUGCUACGCGCGCACACGUCUGCGCACCAGUGGGACCUGCUGCGCGCAGGGCUGGACGCCUUCUUGGUGGUGGGCGACGUGUACCGGCGCGACCAGAUCGACGCCCAGCACUACCCUGUGUUCCACCAGCUGGAGGCCGUGCGGCUCUUCUCCCGGCACCAGUUAUUUGCUGGCGUAAAGGGUGGAGAAAACCUGCAGCUCUUUGAACAGAGUUCUCGCUCUGCACAUAAACAGGAGACACACACCCUGGAGGCCACGAAGCUUGUGGAGUUUGACCUUAAGCAAACACUUACCAGGCUUAUGACACACCUUUUUGGAGAUGGGCUGGACAUCAGAUGGGUGGACUGCUACUUUCCCUUUACUCAUCCUUCCUUUGAGAUGGAGAUCAGCUUCCACGGGGAAUGGCUAGAAAUUCUUGGCUGCGGGGUGAUGGAACAGCAACUGGUAAAUUCAGCUGGUGCUGAAGAUCAGAUCGGUUGGGCCUUUGGCCUUGGGCUGGAGCGGCUGGCCAUGGUCCUCUACGACAUCCCCGACAUCCGCCUCUUCUGGAGUGAGGAUGAGCGCUUCUUGAAGCAGUUCUGCGUGCAGGACAUCAACCAGAAGGUGAAGUUCCAGCCUCUCAGCAAAUACCCUGCUGUGAUCAAUGACAUCUCAUUCUGGUUACCUCGCGAGAAUUACACGGAGAACGAUUUCUAUGACUUAGUCCGAACAAUUGGAGGAGACCUGGUGGAAAAAGUUGAUCUCAUAGACAAGUUUGAACAUCCAAAGACGCACAGGACCAGCCACUGCUACCGCAUCACCUACCGCCACAUGGAGCGCACGAUGUCGCAGAGAGAGGUCGGGCGCGUCCACCAGGCCGUGCAGGAGGCGGCCGUACGGCUGCUGGGCGUCGAGGGCCGGUUUUGAUGUCGCCACCUCCCCGGCCGCGGCCCUCCCAGGGCCCCGGGUUUGCUGAACCAAAGAGAAAAAGAUACUGUUUGUGGAUGGAGGCGUCCGUCAUCUUGUGAUAAAUGGGUCAGUUUCAGGACUUUCAGAAAAUAAAGGCUUGCUCUUGAGAAA